AUGAGUAAAAAUAUAGUUUCUAUUAAUAGUAAUAAAGCACCAAAUAUUUAGCAUUCAUAUCUGAAUAGUUCAUCAAAUAAUGAAAGUGAUGACAAACCAGUACAUAACGAAGCUAAUUUUUACAAGAAAUCAUAGUCAGUAGAGCAUUUAAGAUUUAGUAGUCCUACCAAAAAGAUGAGAAGCUAAACUAACAAGAGUUUUGGUGCUAAAAAGUCGUUUUAAGAGGUAUAUUCUACAAGCAGAAUGUUUGGCCGCAAUACAAUUUAAAAAUACUAAUCACUCUUAGACUAGCCUUAGACAGAAAGCAGAACAGGUACCCUGCAAAAUAUAGAGAGAGGAUUGCUAGUUGAAGAAGAUCAAUAUGAAGAUAAUUAAGAUUAAGAUAAGGAAAUAGUAGAAAUAAACAUGGAAGCAAAUUUUAAAUGGUUAUUAAAAUCAUGCAUUGAAGAAGCACUAAGUUUCGCCUUAGAAUGGGCUCCUUCAACAAUUAUUUUAUAUUUCAUAACUUAGAAUAAUGACGAAAUUACAGUUAAAGGAUUUGGUAUAGGUGCCGUAUGGAGUAACUGCAUAGGUUAAGGUUUAUACUAUGGUUUAUGUAGUGGAUUUGAAACAAUGGCUUCUCAUGCUAAUGGAAAUAAAAACUAUUAACUAGUAGGACUUUUACUUAACAAAACAGUGUUUAUUUCAAUGAUACUUUUUAUUCCAAUUAUGUUAGCGAUGUUAUUUUCAGAGUAUAUUCUAAAUGUCUACAAUACAGACGAAUAAGCUUGCAAUAUUGCAAGCUAAUAUUGUUAACUUGUAAUUCCUGGCUUAUUCAUAGCCUCGUUUUAUUAUGCUUUGAAAGCUUUUCUGAAUGCUUAAAAUGAGUACAGAAUAUAAGUUUACACAGCGUCUAUCAAUUUGGCAACAGUUGUUUUAUAUAGUUAUAUUUUCAUUUAGUAUCUAGAAAUGGGUAUUAAAGGAGCUGCAUUAGUUUUCGUACUUAGUGAGUCAACUUGCUUAACAUUGCUCUCCAUAUUCACAUUUUUUAAAAAACAUCUUCACAAAUGUUUUAUUUCUUUGUCAAAAGAAAUGUUCAAAAACUUAGCUGAUUACCUGAAAGUUGCAGUUCCAAUUGGAUCAAUUGUUGCUGCAGAGUGGAUGAUUUUCGAAUUAACAGCCAUUAUUUCUUCUAAUCUAAAUGAUAAUUAGUAUGAAGCUCAUUUAGUUCUCUCAAACUUUAGUGCAAUGUGUUUCUAAUUUUAAAUUGGAUAUUCAACAGCAACAGCAACAUUUAUAAGUAAUGAAAUGGGUAAUUAAAAUGUAAAAAACGCCUUGAAAUACACAAAAUAUGCUCUUUAUAUAAUUUUAGGACACUUACUUAUUGUCAUUUUACCCCUUAUUUUUUUAAGAAGUUAUAUAGCUGAUAUGUUUACAAGCUCAUAAGAGAUAAAAGAUAGUUUACUUUCAGUGUAUUUUAUAUUCAUAGGAUGUUUCUCAUUAGAAUCAUUUUCUUCUAUAGCCUCAGCCUAUAUGAGAGCAAUAGCUUAAGAAAAUUAUACAAGUAUUUGUUUCUUUCUUUGUUACGGAGGAUUUGGUCUAGUUUCAAGCUAUCUUCUAGCUUAUUAGGCAGACUUAGGACUAAAGGGUAUUUGGUUAGGAAUGCUAAUUUCUGUAGGAUCUUAUAUUAUUUUGCUUGCAAUUUAAAUAUUUAGAGUUGAUAUAAAUGAAAUGGCUAAAAUCAUAGCUGAAAGAGUAGAAGAAGAUGAAGAAUAAGAAUAGUAAGAAAAUUAAAAUGAUUAGCUUGCUAUCAAAAAUACUGAAACUGAAGAUUCAUGA